AUGCCAGCUGUAGCAGUGAAGCCUUCACCGGAGGACAUGGUGGCGGAGGGAGAGGGCGAGGGAGAGAGCGGCGUGUCCCACUGGGAAGCCUCUGGGGCGGGCCGGGAGCGGCUGCCUCUGCCCUCACUGAAGGUCCCGAGGGAGCUGCUGCGGAGCUUCCCCCACUCCAAACGGGUGGGAUCCUAUCUGGUAGGGAAGAUGAUCAACAAGGGAUCGUUUGCCAAAGUGAUGGAGGGGCUACACAUCGGCACGGGAGAAAAGGUGGCCAUUAAGGUGAUAGACAAGAAGAAAGCACGGCAGGACUCAUACGUGCUGAAGAACAUGAAGAGAGAACCUCGAAUUCAUCAGAUGGUCCGACAUCCUCACAUCGUCGUCCUGCUGGAGACUCUUGAGACAGAGAACAGCUACUACAUGGCCAUGGAGCUGUGUGCUGGAGGAGACCUGAUGGACAGGAUCUGUGAGAGGAAGAGGCUGGAGGAGAGGGAGGUGCGGCGCUACACUCGUCAGAUCCUCUCUGCUGUGGAACACCUGCACAAAUACGGCAUUGUACACAGAGAUUUAAAGAUUGAAAACUUCCUCCUGGAUGAACAUAACAACAUAAAGAUUGUGGACUUUGGCCUGAGUAACACUCUGAAGGCUGAAUCCUUGUCUCUGGAUCUCCUCAACACCCAGUGUGGAAGUCCUGCCUAUGCAGCCCCUGAGCUGCUCGCUCACAGGAAGUAUGGACCCAAAGUGGACGUCUGGUCCGUAGGUGUGAGUAUGUUUGCCAUGCUGACAGGGACUCUUCCCUUCACUGUUGAGCCUUUCAACAUCAAACAGCUGCACCAGAAAAUGGUCAGCGGAGAGAUUGGCAGCCUCCCCAGUGACAUAAGCAAAGGUGCGGCGGCAUUUGUGUUGUCCCUCCUAGAGCCAGACCCAGAUAAGAGACCCAGUGUCAGAGCUGCGAUGGAGGAGAGAUGGAUCAAUGAGGGAUACGCAAAGAAACCACUACACACACUCUCUCAUAAAAACAGGUUGUGUCCAGAGGAUCUCAACUCGUCUGUGCUGGCAUACAUGACAGAGACGCUGGGCUACUCCCUCUCUGAAAUCAUACACACACUCACCACUAACCGUCCCUCUGCCAUCAUGGCCUCCUAUCAUCUGCUGCUCAACAAACUUAGCAGGAGCCAGAAAGGAGCCAAGGCCAGCAAGAAGCUAGAGAGUAAUGACUGGAGUAUUCCCAGCAAGAAUACAUGGAGAGAGAGGAAUAGCACUGAAUCAAAGACUCAGCAGCAGAAUGAACCAACCAAUGAAAAAAGCUCAAAGCAGUCCAGCAGGCCUCUAAGAGCCCAACAGACCACUGAAUGUCAGAGCAACCGGAAGAGGCCUGAGGACCUGCACAGAAAGGACCACUGUGAGGACGUGGAGAACCGUCCACCCUCUUCAUCUUUACCCCAGCUUCCUUACUCUGCCUCCCCUUUAGUACCCCCUCGCCUUCCAUCCCCCUCCCCUGCCCCUCUGUCCACCGAGGAUAGGGCCACUGAUGAGGAGAUCGCCAUCACGUUGAACACCAGAGAGACCCUGUUUCCUGAAGUGUCUGUGUUCAGAGACAGGGAACUCGUCCAUCAUUCUCCUCCCAAAAGCUCUGCAUCUCAACUCUAUGACUCUGCCCCUUGCCAAGUCCCCUUACCCUCUGAGCCAACCAGAGACAGCAGCACAUCAAGACCGAUCCGACACACACACCUGCUCAGGACGACUCAGUCAGACGGGGCGGCUGACCUUGGAUCAGACUGCUUCCACGACAAAUGCCACCAGGAUGACCGCUCUCAUCACCUGAGCAUUAACGAGCGUCUGGAGAAGCUGCAGACAUUUUAUUCCUCAGAGAAGAAUGGCAUCUCUCCUAGGAUGCUCCUAGAGGCCGACACAAACACCACACACUCUCCAGACAGAGACCUCCUGGGUACUAUGGCGAUGACGCAGACAUCACCUUCUGCCCCUUUGCCCCGCCUGCGCAACAUCGGGCUAAAAGACGGACGAGGCAGGAAGAUGACAUGGGUAGGGUUGACCCGACCCGGGCCCCCAGGACUCCUGGUGAACGGGUCUAAACCACCCGCCUUCCCGUCACAGAGACAACAUACUUUGGUCAUUAAGAGCCUCAGGCAUGAGAGAGGCAAGAGAAGAGAUCUGUCGGCAGCAGCAGGAGGAGGCGGUGGAGAAAGAAGGAUGGCAGGGGGUGGGAUGAAUGGAGCAAAGAGGAACUCAGUUCAGUUACGUUCAUCUCUCCAGCGUCGGGUGGCGGAACUGAAUCUGCCGCUGCUUCCUGCAGCCCUGCAGGGGAAGGCAGAGAGGAAGAACCAGCUACACAGUAUGGACUACUGAUACAUAUGUAGAUGGGAGGACACUAUAGAGAGGCAAUGAAAGUGGCUAGAAAAAAGUGCUAUGGAAAUACAGAAAAUAUAGGACUGAGGUUAAUAGACACAUUUGGAAAUCAGAUUAGCAAUUACAUAUACUAGCCUGUAGUGAAGUAGGGGCUACACUAAGGUGAAUUAAAGAGAAGAAGAAUAAAGGGUUGAUUGUAUGAUAUACUGAUUACAGAAAGGGCAGCAGUUGAGAACUGUGUGCAUAGACAUUUUGAGGAACAGGUCAGUCCAAAAACAGCAGCUACAUAAAGAUGCUAAAGCUAUUAUUCUCUACUUAUACAGUUUUGAUUCAUGCCUUGCUCACGAACAGGACUCUAAACAACAUACAGUAUGCUUCAUUUAUAUGCUGCAGUGCCAAAAACUUCAUUUCUGACCAAGCUCAUCUAUUUUAAUGCAACCUUUGGUGGCUAGGCUUUGGUCUAGCUACUCUUAUCCAUCUUCUUCUGUAAUUUCAGCAUGU